AUGUCUACAAAACAUUUGAUAUGUUUUGAUGUUUCGAAAAGCGAACGCUUCCAAUUGACCGACAAUUAUAAAUUAUUGCAACGCAAAUUGAAAUCCCUUUGGACAAUAGAACAAAAUGACACUGAAUUAAAAGCCGAAAAAUUGCAACGGGCUAAAAUCUUUGUUUUGGCUGGUCCCCAAGAUCGUUUCACUCAAGAUGAAUUCGAAGUAUUGAAGGAUUUCGUCAACAAUGGCGGUAGUUUGUGGGUUUUAUUAGGCGACGGCGGUGAACAAGAAUUUAAUACUAAUGUCAACUUCUUUUUGGAGCAAUAUGGCAUUUAUAUAAACAGCGAUUCUGUUGUACGUCCGCAUUAUUAUAAAGAUUUCCAUCCAAAAGAGUGUUUCAUUGGUGGCGGUAUAGUAUGUGAGUCUUUGUGGCGCCAUUUGUUGGAGCAAAAUAUUGAGAAACUGGAUUACGAUUUUACGGAUGAGAAAUAUAAAAUACAUUUUCAUUAUCCUUAUGGAGCGACUUUAAAUGUUUCCGAUCCGGCUAAUGUUUUAAUGACCACCGGCCCUGUUGUGUAUCCCUUUAAUCGGCCUUUGGCCGGUUACUAUUAUCAACCAAAUGGUGGCAAAAUUCUGGCUCUAGGUUCCGGUUAUAUGUUUCACGACAAGUACCUGGCGAACGAUAAGACCAAUGAUGCACUUUUAAAUUAUUUCGUGAAAUUGUUGGGCUCGCAAGAUAUCAACUACAAGCAUUUGGAUUUCAAUGAUUUGGAAUUAAAUGAUCACAAGACUUUUACGGAUAUAGGUUUUGUGGCCGAUCUGCCGAAAGCUUGCCUAAUUGAUUCUAUCGGUUCCGAGAUACCGGCCGACUUUAAGCAAAUGUUUGACAUGACUUUAUGCGCACUGAGUAAUCGUUUGCUAAAAGAUGUAACGUCAGCCUAUCAUCGCUUGCAUGUUAAAUAUGAACCGUUGAAAAUUAUAAAACCACAAUUUGAGAUACCCUUACCACCCCUCCAACUUGCGACAUUCCCACCGGUUUUUAGCGAACCGGCAGCACCUCCCUUGGAAUUGUACGAUCUUGAUGAGGUUUUUAGUGCAGCACGCACACAAUUAGCCAAUAUGACGGGUCAGUGCCUGCAGACGAUACUGAGGAAAGAUUCUCGUAAGAAGCCGAAUUAUAAAGAAUUGGAGAACUAUAUUAAGGAAUGUGCUCGCAUAACGGCUAUUAUUAAUGAGCAACAUGAUAUGCCAGCGCGGGAGAUUCUAAAUAUCGUUGCACAACAAAUUGUCAACUAUCGCCCCUAUGACUAAAGUGCCGAAUAAGGC